CCCCGGGCGACGCCACCGUCAUGCUGUGCGACCUCGCGUCCCAGGACAGCGUCCGCUCCUUCGCGCGAUCCUUCCGACGCAAGGCGCUGCCCCUGCACGGCGUCCUCAACUGCGCGGCGGUCAUCCUUCGCCCAUUCGAGCUCACCGCGGAGGGACGCGAGUCGCACUUCGCGGUGAACCACCUCGGCCACUUCCUCCUGGUCAACGAGCUCCUCCCCGAGCUCAUCGCCACGUCAGCCGUCUCGGGGAUCCAGGCCAGGGUCGUCAACGUCACCUCCGCGAUGCACCACUUCACGUACAGAGUUCGACGAGGAAGGGCGGGGCCGAGCCGAGGCAUCGAUUUCACGCAGCUGGACGACCCGCGAGGGUACGACCCGAUCAACGCGUACGCGCAGUCCAAGCUGGCGAACAUACUGCACGCGUGGCAGCUCAACGAACGGUUCAGGCAGGUGCCACGUCAUCAGGGUGGUGGAUCCACGUUCGGCGGUGACACAGCUGGCGGUGACACAGCUGGCAGUGACGAGAACACGGCUGUGAGGCCAGUCGCCGCGUUCGCCGUGCACCCCGGCGCGUUCGGUCGCGAGCUGCGGGAUAACCUGAGCAGAAACCUUCCCUUCGGCGCCGGCGACUUACUCUUCGACGUCGCCAGAUCGAUGUCACUCGGGCUCGUCAAGACCCCGGAGCAGGCGGCGGCGACGGUGUUGUACUGCGCGUGCCUCGGCUCGGUGCGUUUAUUUUUUAUUUUUUCCGCGUGUACGGGCAAUUAGACUGACGCCGCGUUUUGUUUUGUUUUUUUGUUCGCAGGGGUUUGGGUUCACCGCCGACGGGUUGGCCCGGUCCGGGUGCUACUACGCCGAUUGCGCGGCGACGAAGUGUUCGCUACCCGCGAGGGACCCGAGGCUGGCGCGGGCGCUGUGGGAGACGAGCGAGCGGCUGUGCGGGAUGGCACCCGGGACCGCGCUACCCAGGGUGGACGGCGGGUCCUUCGGCGGCGGGGAGACGUUCGACGGCGUCGCGAUGCGAGAGGGGGGACGUCGCGGGGGGGGCGACGACGUCGGUGCGAUUUCGUCGCCGCCACGUGGUGUUUCCAUGUCCGCGUCAUCCGGAAGCUCCUCCGCGACGAACGGAGAGGGGACGGGCACGAACGGGGGGCGAAAAGCGCGGGAAAUGGGGGAAGGAGGGCGUAGCGCGAGCGGGAUUGACGACGACGCGGUUGCGCCGUCGUCGCCCGUCACGUCGAUGAAGGUGACGCCGUCCAAGAGCGGACGGUGGGGGCUCGGCGCGUGAGACACGGCGCGUUCGAAAGGAGGGACAGAUUACAUCUGUGUGGGGUCGACGACGGUUAGCGCGCGGCGCCGCGAGUGUCGUUUUUAAUCGUCGUGUACACGCG